UCACAGGCAGGACAGAGAGAGAGAGACUUGAACUCAACUCACAGGCAGGACAGAGAGAGAGAGACUAGAACUCAACUCACAGGCAGGACAGAGAGAGAGAGAGACUAGAACUCAACUCACAGGCAGGACAGAGAGAGAGAGAGAGACUAGAACUCAACUCACAGGCAGGACAGAGAGAGACUAGAACUCAACUCACAGGCACGACAGAGAGAGACUAGAACUCAACUCACAGGCAGGACAGACAGAGAGAGAGACUAGAACUCAACUUACAGACCGAGACAGAGAGAGAGGGAGGGACUAGCAGUCAACUUACAGACCGAGACAGAGAGAGAAACUAGAAGUCAACUUACAGGCAGGACAGACAGAGAGGGAGAGACACCCAGUGAAGACCUUUGUAGAUCUCUGAAGAAGUGAAGCUACAACUAAAGACUUCAGAAGGAGACAAUCACCAUGGCGAUGUGGACCACUCUUCUGCUUCUCAGCGCUGUCUUUGCUCUGGGAGAUGCAAGGGGUAGCGGAGAGUGGCAUCACAGAGUCUGCCCAAACGGCUGGCCCAAAUACGCAACACACUGCUAUCACUACGUCCCCUUCAUGACCACAUGGCCAGAGGCAGAGAGGAAAUGUUUGCUCCUGGGAGGUAACCUGGCAUCAGUGCACAGCCUUCCCCAGUAUCGUUUCCUUCAGUCUGUCAUCAGGAAUAGUACCAAGAAAGUCCAGCGCACCUGGAUAGGAGCCAACGACGCCAUCAAGGAGGGUCUCUGGCUGUGGAGCGACGGGUCCAUGUUUAACUACCAGAACUGGGGCCCGGGUCAACCCUCUAACUCUGACCACUUUGUUAUUAAGGACAACACGAACGGCCGGGAGCAUUGCAUGGAGAUGAACUAUGGAGCUUCUCGUAGUCAGAACGAUGCCCCUUGCUGGUACAAACGUCCCUUCCUGUGUUCCAAAAAGCGCUGAUGUCCACAUUUUGGAAGAGACGACGUUGGAGAAGCUCUCUAAAGAUGAGAUUGUUUUAAAUAAAAGGCACCAUCUGCAAUGUUA